AUGGCGGCCCUGGGACAUCCUGCUCGGGAGACAGUGGCGGCCCCAGGUCCAGGUACCGCGCGCGCGCCCCGCGGCCCCGGCUUCCCGGGUCCUUCCGCUGUAGGGUCCCACCCGGUCCGUUUCCGCCCAGGGCCCCCCGCGCGCGGGGACGCGCGCCCCGUAGGCGGUGGAGGCGAGGCGGACGCUAAGAAGCAGAAGAAGAGAAAGAAAACCCGGAAGGGGCCCUCUGUGGCGAAUCGGGGCAGCAAGGCCCCCGAAGAGCCGGCCCCAGAGGAAGCACCCUUGAGCGCGGAGGCCCAGGCGGAGCAGCUGGCUCGGGAACUGGCCUGGUGCGUGGAGCAGCUGGAGCUAGGCCUCAAGACGCGGAGACCCAGCCCGAGACAGAGAGAGCAGGCUGUUGGGGCAAUCCGAACCCUGCGCAGCGAAAGAACCCUCCUGCCCCGGAAGAGGCAGCUGAUGCGCUCCUUGUUUGGGGACUACAGGGCUCAGAUGGAAGGCGAGUGGCGCGAAGCCCUGCGGGCCCUCCGGACUGCAGCCCAGUCAGCCCAGGUGCAGCCUGUAGGUGAGGCCGCCAGAAAGAAGAGUGGAAGGGUCUGCAGGCCUCACCUAGCAGGGGGAGCCAAGGCCACCCUGGACACUCCUGAUGAAGAGUUUAGGUUCAAUUUCUUUUAGCCUCUCCCCCAUCCUGGAACAGUCCCUCUCCGUGAGUGGUGUGGGGGUUUAUCUUGGGUGCAGAGCCUUUCCAGGAAUGCUCUGUGGGACAGAUGUGGGGUUGGUCUGUCCCUGGCUGGUCAGUGAGUCUGGUGCUGUUUUUUGGGCAGAUGUGAGACCAGCAUAUUGGGUACUGUCAGACAAGCACGAGACCCCCAUUUGUAGGUCUUCAGGUGAAUUGUUCCUCCUGCCAGAAGAGGGAAGUCCGUUUAGAAAAGCUUCAACAAUAAGCUGAAGUGAGUGUUCAGCAUGUUAUAGAAAGAAUAUUUUAGUCAGUCUUUAGUGUUAGAUGUGGUAGCUGUUGGUAGAGAGGAAUAGUGGGAAAGCUGUGUGAUUGUGCACUGGUGCUCACUUAUGAAAGGAGGUCCUGCCACAUGGUGUGGUGCUUUCUCUCGUGAUGUCACGUUGCCCCAAUAAAACUAAUUUUUAUAAAAGUGGAUGAGUGAAAGCGUGUGCUAACCGUGUGUGCUAGAGGAAGUACAGAUGAGGCAGGCGUCUGGCAGUUCUGGAUCCAGGCUCUCACCCCAGUGCUUGGUCAUUUUUGUUGCCUUCAUUUCUGAGCAAUUCAUCCUCAGGGAGCCAGUGUGGCUCCCAGCAGGCCAGGCUUUGUUCUUAGGAGCAGAGAGCUUCUUGGCCUAACAGUCCCCGCCAAAGACUUGGGUUAAGCCUUGGUGGAUGACAUCUCUCAAUGUUGGCUGCUCCAGGCGAUAGUCCCAGGCCUUCUGCUGCAUUGAAUCAGGUUUUCCAGGUGGCUUAAUCCUCCUCAGUGGCUGUGAUGCCAUUUUGGUGGUAUCUCCCAAACUUGCAUCUCAGACUAGAUAGAAGCCCGGAGCCCAGCUGCCUACUCAACAUCUCUACUUGGAUGUUUCAUGGGCAUUUCAAAUUUGGCAUGUUCAAAACAUCCGAUCAACCUCUAAAUCUCCCUUCGUCUUCUGCUUUUCAGUGAAUGACACUACUGUCC